AUGACAGCACAACCGCUCCACGGCUUGCAAUCUACGGAAGAGUUUGCAGAGUUCCAAAGGAAUCUGCGCCUGCCGGUGGCUCUGAUCGGAGAGCCUCAGCAUGAUGCCGCUGAAAGAACGAGCGCUUGCCUCGAGACGAACCAGCUGGCAAUUCAAGAGGUGGAAAAUCCGUCAGAUAGACUAGCGGGCUGCUCGUCAGAUGACGGCACCCCCAUCGCUGAGCUGAGACGACCUGCAAAGAAAAAGAAGGCGCGGAAGGCUCAUCGCGUGGCCACAGGUCUGGCAGGAGCCACCGCUUGCUCGCAGCUGUCAGUGGAGGCUCCUAGUGGAAAGCUGCAGCCGCCCGAGCAAGCUUCCAUGGAUGAGGAGGCUUCGCAGGCGCUCCACUCGAACGGCCCGGAGGAGAGUUUGAGCACAGAAGCGAACAUGUUUAUGGAGGACGCACCCGAGUUGGAGGAAGAAGAGCCGGAUGGUGAGGAUAUCGAAGGGGUCGAAUACGACCGGCAGGAGGAGACGGAGGAUCAGGAGACCUCACAGGAUCGGGACAUGAUGGACGACUCGACCCAAGAUCCCAUCGACCCUCUCAUAGCCUAUGCGCAGAUGAAUGCAGAGAUGGAGGAAGACGGGUCGGAGGACGAACUCGCGAACCGCGUCAUAAAGCGCCGAUUGCUUGAGGGUGGGGCGGGUCAAGCUGCACCACCAAGGCGCAAGUCAUAUCAGCUGGAGGCCUCCAAGGAAUCGGAGCCCGAAACCCCCCCGGAGACAGAGGGGGCUAAGGAGUCGGAGGCGGUUGGCAGAGAGCCCACAAUGGACUUGUCUCAACCGGAGCUCGGCGACCCUCCUUUCACGGAGGAUCAAGAGGAUGACGAUGCGAUGCUGGAGUACUUCGGGGACGUCUGCCGGAUCCAUAUCGAUAGGAUGGAUGUUGAGAAGCCCGACGAGCCGUCAGAGGUGCCCUCAGCCCCUGCCGCCGAAGUCCAGGACCCGUGCUUGGAUGCAGCGCGCCACCUCCACAGCCUGGGGGUACCUACGAUGUCCGUGGACCUCUCCGUCAACUCGAUGGGGGUCAAGACGCCGCGUGGUCUGCCCUUGAGAUGGGUCGCAUGUCGCUUGGACAACUGCCUAAAAGAGUACGUCAAGCCGAGAAACAACUCGCUCGCCAUGAUCACUGGAUCCGCCUCGGAUGUGUACGCGGUCGAUGUAGAUCUCAAGAACAACGGAGCUGCAGCCUUUCAGGAGAUGCUCGAGGAGAACGGCUGCCUGCCGAGCGAUACCCCAACGGAGCGGACGGGGAGCGGUGGCAUGCACUUGCUCUUCUCGCUCAAAGCGUCCUUGGACGCAGGGCUGAUCAGCGGAGGAAGCAGGAAUAAGCUCAAAUGGAGGGGUCAAGGGGACAGAGGGACAGAGGGUCAGAGGGUCGGGAUCGAUACGCGCGGGGAUGGCGGCAUGCUCUAUUGUGCCCCGAGCUCUUAUGCUGCCGCAGACGGCAUCCGGAUGGCGUACACUUGGCUGGAGGAAAUCAAGCCCGACCGGUCAAACCUGCGGUCCAUGCCCCAGUGGCUGAUCUCGUUCAUCAACGGGGAAGGCGCGGCCGCCAGAGAAUCGGUUGGGCACGACCCCUUCUGGACUGCAACGCCCUCGACGAGCACCGGAGAGGCAGAGGUUGCUCCUGAACCGGCCGUGCUUGAGCGGAUCAAAGCAUGCCUCGCAAAGCAUGGGGAUACGACUUCCCGCUUCGACAAGAUGAAACGCUCCGCUGCCGGUUCGAUGUACGUCUUCCGAGUCGACGGGGAGCGCCGAUGCCCCUAUGGAGCCGACCACAGCGGGAGCAACAAUUUCGCGGUGCUCGUGCGGGACCGCGCUCUUCUCUACCACUGCAGCAGCGGCGAGUGCUCGGAGGUCCGUCCCAUGCGGCAGAUCGGAAAGUUGACUCGCUUCGAGAGCAUGCUAGGCGGUGAGACGGCUCCGGUGGCCCCCGAUGAUCUCAGCGUCUGCCGCACGCUGGACAAGCGGUUCGCGGACUACUGGGCCUUCCAGGGCGACAUGGGGGGCAGCCACAUAGUCGAUCAGAUGUACGCCUCGUGUGGCAGGUUGUGGUUCUACGGCAAAUGGCAUUUCUGGAACGGCCAGCGCUUCGAGGUGGACGGCACCGGAAGCUACGUCCGCUUCGUCGUCAUGCACCAGCUCAGUCGGGUGUACCAGCGCGUGCGGGAGGAGCUCCACGAGCAGCUGAGGGGUGUGGGUGACGACAAGGAGCGUGCGGCAGAGCUGCUGGCGAUGCUCAAGAGCCUCAGAAACUACAACAACGUGGCGGCGGUCAACAGCACCAUGGAAGUCAUGCAGGGGGAGAUGUACGCUCCGGACCUGUUCCAGCGGCUGAACACGGACGUGCACAUCAUCAACGUGCGCAACGGUAUCUGGCAGCUGAAGACGGGGGCGCUCGACGUACACAGGCCGCAAUACCUGUGCACCUUCAUGACCGACGUCGACUACAGGGGGCUGAACUUUCCAUCCCCCGUACCGAUGGAGUUCCUCCGGGACAUCUUCAACAGCAACGAGGUGCUGAUCCGCUGGGUGCUGCGCGUGUUCGCUUAUGCCAUCAAUGGGCUCACGUGCGAAGAAAUGAUCGUCUUUCUCGUCGGUGGUGGAGGGAAUGGCAAAGGCGUCUGGAAGGAGAUGCUCAAAGCUCUCCUGGGUGCGUACUUCUGCGCCAUGUCAAGGGACGCGGUGGUCAAGACUCCGGGACAGCGUCCCCCGUCCAAGGGCGCUCCGACGGCUUACGUCUUUGCCCUGAAAGACAAGCGGAUCGCGUUUUCGGACGAGACCGAGGAGGGCCAGCAGGUGGACAUGGCGCUCUGUCUGUCGCUAAACGGAGGGGGCGAGACCGUCGCGCGCAACCUCUACUCCAAGGACGUGGAAUUCACGCUGACCCACACGACCUUCAUCCAGACCAACAACCUCCCCCUCAUCCCCCCGGGCGGCAACCCCAACGGCAACAACGCGCGGCGUCGCAUCAAGGUGCUCCGGUACCCGAACACCUACCUGCCGGCCGACAAGUUCGUCGCUACGAACGCCUCACACAGGCCCCUGGUGAUCGGCCUCAAGGAACGGAUGAAAGCACCGGGAGUCAUCGAGCAGCUGAUGUCUCUACUCGCACGCUCCUCCGUCGAGUACUAUCGAGAGGGUCUGGGCGAGGAUCCCCCGGAGGUCGUGGAGGCUACCGGAGCCUACUUCGAUGACUGCGACAAGCUGCAGCAGUUUUUGGACAAGCACUGCGAGAUCGGGGCUGGCUUCGAGACUCUGGAGGGCGACUUCUACCUGGAUUAUUGCGCCUUCUCCAAUGAGCCAAUCACAAAGGAGGCGCUCAUGAACCGGAUGAAGAGCAAAGGUCACCGGAGGAGUGCCAAGCCUCUGAACGUGUACAACAAACGCGAGCUCUACUAUCCACGCAUCAAGAGCAUCUUCGUCAAGAACCCGAGCGUUUUGGAAGGCUUUCAAAAGCAUCACGGCUACUUCAUGGACGACGAGCUCCAGGAACUCGACUCCUCGGCGCGCGCUCAGAAGGGUCUCUCGUUUUACUCCACCAAGCUCUUCGCUGUCAUUAACGAGGAGCCGGGCGUUGCGGCACAAAGGUCCGACUUUGAUACGGGAGUACCGGUCGUAUCUGGAACUGUUUGA